AUGCUGAGCCGCCUCUCAGCCGGCACGCACUCCGGCAGCCGCGAACCACCGCUGCAACGCCUCGCCGGUUCCAUCGGGCUCCGGAGCCGAACGAGUGACAAUCAGGCUGAGAGCAACAACAGCCGAGCCGUCUUCGAGCGCUUUAGCCUUGACCUGAACCUCUUUCCCCGUUUUUAUUCUCGACGAGAGCCAAUCUCUCUCUCACUGAUCGUCCUCGCACCAUCAUCAUCUCCCUCAUUUUUCUGCAAAAACCCGAUCACCUCUCAUCUCGUCACCCUCCUUGCAGCCCCGAUCGCUUUCACCGUCGCGAGCUGCAGCGACCUUUCUCGCGACUCUGUUUUCCAACGAGCCUCUGCAACCUCCGGCGCCAUCACCAUCUUCAUCCGUCAUCACCAUCGAAGCUCCCAUUUCCGACGAGUUCCGGCAUCAACAACGAGAGUCCCGCAGCGCCCACACCGGCGAGCUUCCGACGUGCAGAACCACCAGCAGCCCCGAGCCGCCGCGCCUCAGUCGCCCCUCUUCUCGCCGCUGCAACUUCUGGCGCCAGCAAACUAA